CUAUAUUUUCUCUGUUCAACUACAGCGUGCUGCUGGUCUCUAGAUAGUCAGGUUCACUAUCUGACCAGCUUCUAAGUAUUACUAAAUUCACUAACCAGGAUUUUAUGUGGACUUCUAAGCAGGACAAGUUGGGCAAGAUCAUAAAAUACCGUGUCCCUGUUCUAAAAUAUAAAGAGUGAUAUCUCUAUUCAAGGGCAUAUUGCGCCUUCUGACAGGUGUACAUUCUUUUCGGAAUGGGCUCCCCGCAGCCCAGUACAACCACUGGCCUUGGUUCCAAUGCCAAUCCAUCUUCAGUCGUACCGAUCAGUGGAAGGGACCCAAAGCCAUGCCUCGGUCAAGAUGCAGGUUUCACACCCCAAAGUGAAGAUGACAUAGAUGCCGCAGACCACAAUAACCAUGAUUUGACUCCGGGAACCAACUCUCCUGGAAGUCUUCUAGCCAGGGAUAUGCAGCAGAAAACUCCCACAUACAAUUAUGCUUACGAAAAAUUUAUAAGCCACGCCGAAGCCAAGAUGUUUUAUCAACAUCACCAGCUGGCAAAUCGACAGGGUGACACGGAAAUUCCGCGAAGCUCAAUGCCAACCUCGGCUGCUGGUAGCUCACCUGAAGACGAUGCGUCAAACAGGGAAUCAGACACCCCCAGGACUGUUGGCAAGACAGGCGAGGCGCCGCGACUUUCUAAUACGCCCUCUAUGAUGGCGAAUCAUUCUGAUCAAGAAAACAAUGUUCGUUCCCCAGGGCCAGAGGAGAGUAUGCUGGUCGUUGAUCAACCCGACGAGGAUCAUGCAUACAAUCUGGGGUUGCCGAAUGAGCAUGAACUUUACUCCUCAGUCAGCGACGCUACAGUUGCAAGUAAUAUUGGUCUCGCCACUUCUCAAACCUUUGGGGGCAUUGCAUCUAGCAACAAUGCGGUCGCUUCUGAAUUGAGCAUGAUAUACCACAAGAUCAAAGGGCUUCUCGACAGGCGCUCUAGGUAUAUAAAGCUGUCACUGCAAGGGCCCGGAGAUAAUCCUAUGGAUCAGUCGGACUGGAAAAUCGAGCCACCUCCUCCAGAACCCGCCUGGGAUAAUGAAAAGGAAUCUUACCUAUCUGGCUCAGGAGAACGAGUAUACGAUGAGCGGAAACGGAGAAAAAUGGGCCAAGAUAUUGGCGAAGAUUUCGAUAUGUCGAAGUUCAUGCCUCUUCCUGAGAAGUCGAGUUGGGUAUUCGAGUUGGACGGAAACAGUGUGUAUCAGGUCUAUAAAACACAGGCGGCCGCACACUCUCACAACCCUGUUGUUCAGGUUCCUUCUUUGAGAGAUUUUUACAUGGAUCUCGAUUCUAUCAUAGAUGUUUCAUCUGACGGACCCGCAAAAAGUUUCGCUUUCAGACGACUCUCAUAUUUGGAAGGCAAAUUCCAGUUGUAUAAGCUGUUGAAUGAAUAUCAGGAAAUAGCCGAUAGCAAAAAGGUUCCUCAUAGAGAUUUCUAUAAUGUCCGAAAGGUUGACACCCAUGUUCACCAUUCGGCUUGUAUGAAUCAGAAGCAUUUGUUACGAUUCAUCAAAAGCAAAAUGAAGAAGUCUCCAGACGAGGUUGUUCUUUUCCGCGAUGGAAAACAUCUGACUCUGGCGGAAGUUUUCGAGAGUAUCAACUUAACGGCCUAUGAUUUGAGUAUUGAUACUCUGGAUAUGCAUGCACACACAGACUCAUUCCACCGAUUUGAUAAAUUCAAUCUCAAGUACAACCCAGUCGGAGAGUCUCGUCUUCGUGAAAUUUUCCUGAAGACUGACAAUUUUAUCAACGGGCGCUACUUGGCAGAAAUCACAAAGGAGGUUAUGUCCGAUCUGGAAUCUAGCAAGUACCAGAUGGCAGAAUGGCGGAUCUCAAUCUAUGGAAGAUCAAUCCAAGAAUGGGACAAACUCGCAGCCUGGGUGGUGGACAAUAAGCUGUUUUCGCCAAAUAUUCGCUGGCUCAUACAGGUGCCCCGUCUCUACGAUGUUUACAGAUCAAGUGGCAUGAUGGAGAAUUUUGAACAGGUCAUAGCAAACGUAUUUCGGCCCUUAUUUGAGGUAACGCAGGAUCCUUCCAGCCACCCCAAACUCCACAUCUUUUUGCAGCGUGUCGUGGGGUUCGACAGUGUCGAUGAUGAAAGUAAGGCAGAACGUCGGCUUUAUCGAAAAUAUCCGAUUCCUAGAGAGUGGAGCACCAAGCAAAACCCCCCUUAUAGUUACUGGGUUUACUUCAUGUUCGCCAACUUGGCAUCUUUGAAUACAUGGCGAAAGGAGCGUGGUUUCAACACCUUUGUUCUACGACCACACUGUGGAGAAGCCGGUGAUCCUGAUCAUCUUGCAGUGGGUUUCUUAUGCUGCCACAGUAUCAGCCAUGGAAUCUUGCUCCGGAAGGUCCCUCUUUUGCAGUAUUUGUUUUACCUGGAUCAAAUCGGCAUUGCGAUGUCACCUCUCAGCAAUAAUGCCCUUUUCCUCACAUAUGACAAGAAUCCAUUUGCAAAUUUCUUCAAGAGGGGCUUGAAUGUGUCGUUAUCAACAGAUGAUCCUCUCCAAUUUGCUUUUACUAAGGAGCCAUUGAUUGAAGAAUAUUCUGUGGCAGCGCAGAUAUACAAGUUCAGCGCUGUUGAUAUGUGUGAACUUGCCAAGAACUCGGUCAAUCAAAGUGGAUUCGAGCUGUCAUUGAAGAAGAGAUGGCUUGGUAUAAAUUGCCAUCUCUCUGGGGUUUCCGGAAACAAUGUUGCAAAGAGCAAUGUUCCUGACAUUCGGGAAGCCUUCAGAUACAAAACUCUCCAAGAAGAGCAUGCUUUGAUUGAACACUACGCAACAUUGUCGGAUUAAAUAGCACCUAGUGCAUCCUAGAGGGCAUCGCCAUUCUACAGAUUCCUCUUAUACCUUCAUGUUUUGACAUCACUCUCAUGUAGUACAUGAUCAUGCUUCUUUUCCUUUUCUGCAGAUUUGAUACUCAUUUUUGGGUUUAAAGAGAAGUCAGUGUUGAUAUCAACAUUUAUAAUAACAUUAUUAUUGAUAGUUAAUAUCUAGGUUUAUGUGAGAAUUGGCUAAAAUAUGCAUCUUAUACCUGC